GCAUGGUGAUUCACCGGAAGCGCUCUCGGGAGUCCAGGAGCUUCCGCGCCUGCCCAGUUUUGCUCCGAAAGACGCCGGGAGGGGAGCCUGCAGUGCGUUCUGGGAAAGUUGCUGGGCCAGCUCUUUUGUUUCCAGCCUGAGCGUUGCUUUCGGUUUCCUGAGGGUCUUCUGAGGCACCGCGGCUCCGGGGUGCUGGAUUCCCGGCUCUUCGCUGGGAGGCCUCCUCUCCGUACCUCGUUUUUUGGCUUGUGUGGGGGUCCUCCCACCGCUGGCCGACGCCGCCAGCAUGUCCGGGGUGCGCGCAGUGCGGAUCAGCAUCGAAUCGGCCUGCGAGAAGCAGGUCCAUGAGGUGGGCCUCGAUGGCACCGAGACGUACCUGCCGCCGCUGUCCAUGUCGCAGAAUCUGGCUCGUCUAGCCCAGCGGAUCGACUUCAGCCAGGGUUCGGGCUCCGAGGAGGAGGAGGCGGCGGGGACCGAGGGCGACGCGCAGGACUGGCCGGGCGCCGGGUCCAGCGCAGACCAGGACGACGAGGAAGGAGUGGUAAAAUUUCAACCUUCCCUUUGGCCUUGGGACUCAGUGAGGAACAAUUUGAGAAGUGCCCUGACAGAAAUGUGUGUUCUCUAUGACGUUCUCAGUAUUGUUAGGGAUAAAAAAUUUAUGACUCUUGAUCCUGUCUCUCAGGAUGCACUUCCUCCAAAACAGGAUAGGGGGGCGGCAAUAUAUAAGGAGAGGAAUGGCAGUACAUUAGGAGGGGACCCUAACAGGCUGGGCAAAGUUGAUGCAAUGAAUCCUCAGACGUUGCAGUUGAUAUCUAAAAAGAAGUCACUUGCUGGAGCAGCACAAAUCCUAUUGAAGGGGGCAGAGAGACUGACUAAAUCAGUUACCGAAAACCAAGAAAACAAGCUACAAAGAGACUUCAAUUCUGAGCUUUUGCGAUUACGGCAACACUGGAAACUUCGAAAAGUUGGAGAUAAAAUUCUUGGAGAUCUGAGCUACAGAAGUGCAGGAUCUCUCUUUCCUCAUCACGGUACAUUUGAAGUAAUAAAGAAUACAGAUCUUGAUCUGGAUAAAAAGAUACCUGAAGAUUACUGUCCUCUUGAUGUCCAAAUUCCGAGUGAUUUAGAGGGGUCUGCAUAUAUCAAGGUUUCAAUACAAAAACAGGCUCCAGAUAUAGGCGACCUUGGCACCGUUAACCUCUUCAAACGACCUUUGCCCAAAUCCAAACCAGGUUCCCCACAUUGGCAGACAAAAUUAGAAGCGGCACAGAAUGUUCUCUUAUGUAAAGAAAUUUUUGCACAGCUCUCUCGGGAAGCUGUUCAAAUUAAAUCACAAAUCCCUCACAUUGUGGUGAAAAACCAGAUUAUCUCUCAGCCCUUUCCGAACUUGCAGUUAUCUAUUUCUUUGUGCCAUUCCUCAAAUGAUAAGAAAUCCCAAAAAUCUACUACUGAGAAGCAAUGUCCAGAGGACCACCUUUAUGUCCUAGAGCAUAAUUUGCAUCUACUGAUUAGAGAGUUUCAUAAACAGACCUUGAGUUCCAUCAUGAUGCCUCAUCCAGCAAGUGCACCUUUUGGCCACAAGAGAAUGAGACUUUCAGGUCCUCAAGCUUUUGAUAAAAAUGAAAUUAAUUCAUUACAGUCCAGUGAAGGGCUUCUGGAAAAAAUAAUUAAACAAGCAAAGCAUAUUUUUCUAAGGAGUAGAGCUGCUGCAACCAUUGACAGCUUAGCAAGCCGAAUUGAGGAUCCUCAGAUACAAGCUCAUUGGUCAAAUAUCAAUGAUGUUUAUGAAUCUAGUGUGAAAGUUUUAAUCACAUCACAAGGCUAUGAGCAAAUAUGCAAGUCCAUUCAACUGCAAUUGAAUAUUGGAGUUGAGCAGAUUCGAGUUGUACAUAGAGAUGGAAGAGUAAUCACACUGUCUUAUCAGGAGCAGGAGCUACAGGAUUUUCUUCUGUCUCAGAUGUCACAGCACCAGGUACAUGCGGUUCAGCAACUCGCCAAGGUUAUGGGCUGGCAAGUACUGAGCUUCAGUAAUCAUGUAGGACUUGGGCCCAUAGAGAGCAUUGGUAAUGCAUCUGCCAUCACGGUGGCCUCCCCGAGUGGGGACUAUGCUAUUUCAGUUCGUAAUGGACCUGAAAGUGGCAGCAAGAUUAUGGUUCAGUUUCCUCGUAACCAAUGUAAAGACCUUCCAAAAAGUGAUGUUUUACAAGAUAACAAAUGGAGUCAUCUUCGUGGACCAUUCAAAGAAGUUCAGUGGAAUAAAAUGGAAGGUCGAAACUUUGUUUAUAAAAUGGAGCUGCUUAUGUCUGCACUUAGCCCUUGUCUACUAUGAUUUUUUCCAGAUGUUUCCUAAAGAAGUUUCCAGAAACUUUGACUUGAAAUGUUUGCAGAUCAACUAUAAGUACAAAGAAGAGAUAACUUCCAAAGGAGUGCUGUUUUUAAAAACAAUAAUUAGGAAAUGUUUAUUUAGCACUUUGAAACUUUUCACUUUAUAAAUGAUAAGUGCUUUGAAAUGCAGAAGUUUAUGUACAGUUGUAUAUACAGUAUGACAAGAUGUAAAAUAAUACGUUUUUCAUGCAGUUUAAAAUAUUACUAACUGAAGUGUUUCUAUUUGCUUUUUAAAUAUUCCUUCUUUGAUGUGGACAUCACAUAAAGUGUGUGGUUUUAAAAAUCUCCAAAUACUUUUUCUUCCCCCAAAUACUUCCUAACCUUUUUUUUUUUUUUUUUUAAAUAGAUGGAUUUCACUCUGUAGCCCAGUCUGGAGUGCAGUGGUGUGAUCAUGGCUCACUGCAGUCUUGACCUCCCGGGCUUAGGUAAUCCUCCUGUCUCAGCCUUCCGAGUAGCUGGGACCACACACAUGCACCACCAUGCCUGGCUAAUUUUUGUAUUUUUUGUAGAGACAGGGUUUUUCCAUGCUGCCCAGGCUGGUUUCCAACUCGGCUCAAGUGAUCCACCUGCCUCUGCCUCCCAAAGUGCUAGGAUUACAGGUGUGAGCCACUAUGCCCAGCCUACUCUCUAAACUCUCUACUCUCUAACCUCCAGUUGUCUGCUUUAAGCUUGCCUGGGUCUAACCUACAUAGGUAAUUUAAGAACAUCCUCAGAAAGGACAGCUGAAGGCAUAGGAGGCAGAUUAUCUCUUUAGGGCAUCAAGAUUUUUUGGUCUGUUCUCCCGCUUGAAUGACUUCAUCACUUGAGACACCUAGUGCAUGGCUCAUGCCCAAUCUUCCACCUGGGAUUCUCCAGCCUCCACCCAGCAGCCCUGGAUUGCUUUCUCCAAUUAAGGCCUUUCCAUUAGCUCUCUGCUUUUUCAAAGGGAAAAAACUAAUGCAUUAGUGGAUUAUCUUUUCCAAGGAACAGGUUUACACUUCUUGGAAAUAGUGCCUAAAGUGUGCCCAUUAAUAUGAGAUAGAUUUAGGCUUAUAAACCUUUUGGUACCACUGAAAGUAAUAUCAUAUAGGUGAGGUCUCCUUAUAAGUAAGUCUUUCAAUUUUUAAAACAGACAUCCUGCUUUAACAAUUUGUAAGAUGACUGUGCAGUAAUACAAUUCCUUUGUAUUUCUCCACCGUGUUUUCAUUAAAGAAAAAUGGAGCUUGUGGGCCA